AUGAGGCUGAGCUUCCGGGGUCUGCAGUUCUCUCGCAGCACCGGAGGAAGAGCAGAGACAAAUGAAGCCAAGUCCCGACAUGGAGAAACAUCAGCACUCUGUCAAGAUUUUACUAAACAGAGUCAUCUCAAAAUACACCAGCGCAUUCACACAGGAGAGAAACCGCAUCACUGCUCAGACUGUGGGAAGAGUUUUACUAAACAGAGUGAUCUCAAAAAACACCAGCGCAUUCACACAGGAGAGAAACCGUAUCACUGCUCAGACUGUGGGAAGAGUUUUACUGAACAGAGUACUCUCAAAAAACACCAGCGCAUUCACACAGGAGAGAAACCGUAUCACUGCUCAGACUGUGGGAAGAGAUUUACUACAAAGAGUCAUCUCAAAAUACACCAGCGCAUUCACACAGGAGAGAAACCGUAUCACUGCUCAGACUGUGGGAAGAGAUUUACUCAACAGAGAGAUCUCAAAAAACACCAGCGCAUUCACACAGGAGAGAAACCGUAUCACUGCUCAGACUGUGGGAAGAGUUUUACUGAACAGAGUCAUCUCAAAAAACACCAGCGCAUUCACACAGGAGAGAAACCGUAUCACUGCUCAGACUGUGGGAAGAGUUUUACUGAACAGAGUACUCUCAAAAAACACCAGCGCAUUCACACAGGAGAGAAACCGUAUCACUGCUCAGACUGUGGGAAGAGAUUUACUACAAAGAGUCAUCUCAAAAUACACCAGCGCAUUCACUCAGGAGAGAAACCGUAUCACUGCUCAGACUGUGGCACAAGUUUUAAUCAACUGGGGACUCUCAAACUGCAUCAGCGCAUUCACACAGGAGAGAAACCGUAUUACUGCUCAGGCUGUGGGAAGUGUUUUACUCAACAGAGUACUCUCAUAAAACACCAGCGCAUUCACACAGGAGAGAAACCGUAUUACUGCUCAGGCUGUGGGAAGUGUUUUACUCAACAGAGUACUCUCAUAAAACACCAGCGCAUUCACACAGGAGAGAAACCGUAUCACUGUUUAUACUGUGGGAAGAGUUUUAAUCAACAGAGUCAUUUCAAAAUACACCAGCGCAUUCACACAGGUGAGAAACCGUAUCACUGCUCAGACUGUGGGAAGAGUUUUACUAAAAAGGGUACUCUCAAUAAUCACCAGCGCAUUCACACAGGAGUGAGACCAUAUUACUGCUCAGAAUGUGGGAACAGUUUUACUCAGCAGAGUCAUCUCAAUAAACACCAGCGCAUUCACACAGGACAGAAAACUAUCCCAAAUUUGUCUCACGGCAAUUAAAAUCUUUUGGACAGAACACCUUAAUCCUACAUGUUCCACCAGAAACAAACAUGAACUGAAUUUAAUAAUGGAUUUUACAGGUUCAGCAAAAUGAAUCUUAUCCAGCAAUCAUGUUUAUUGAAUUCCAUGUUGUGUUUUCUCGUAUGUUUGAUAUUUCAGGACAUUCUUUGUGAGACAGAGCUCAGUUUUUAGAUUAGAUUAGAUUAGAUUAGAUAAUACUUUAUUGUCAGAUCCAUGAUCUGAAAUUUGUUUUGCAUAAAAACAGUAGCUCCGUUACAACAUCAUACAUUAACAACACAACAUAUAAGGGCACAAACAACCAUUAUAAAAGGGGAAAAAAAAGAAAAGGGUAGUUUAGGUAGUUACGGUAAGAGUUCAGUUCUGGAGAAGGGAAGGUCAUUCGAAUGAGGGCACUGUCAAGUAUUCAAGGAGAUUUUAUUGUCAUUCGCAUCACAUGUGAAUCAGAAACACUCAUCCUCAGCGGCAGCAGAUCAAGCUUGUUAUCCAAAGAGCGGAAGUUGGGUCCGAACUGACGUAAAAACAGCUCAAAAUAGGGUGUUAGCUAGGAGCGUGAGAAGCCGCUGCACUACUGUGCGUCGCCAUCUUGCAUCUUACAUUCAGUGCUUGCACCAGAUGUUAGAUUAGCAUAACUUAGCCUUUAAAAUGUAGAUGUCGUAGUUUUAAGGAGUAAAGUAGGAUUCUUAGCUUGCAACUAAAUGUUUAGGACCAAACCUAUAACCUAAGGUCCAUCCAUAUGAAAGGAGAAGGGGAAAACACCACCAGAGCCACAGAGAGAGUAAGGUUGCAGGCUCAUUCACUCCCUCUGCUGGUGUUCUCAUUUGUCUAUGAUUCAGUCUCUCUGAUUAAAAAUGUGUUACUAUAGAGGGAUAUAGGUGAUUAUUUGGUUGCAUUGUAUAUGUCAAGUUUUAUACGCUCAUCAUUCCCUUAUUGAGUAUUAUAUGUUGCUGAAGGUUUUUUAUUCUUCAAAUUUACUAAGAACAUCUAAAUUAUUUAGUAUCUUAAUAGUUUUUAUCCAGUACCAACAAUUAUCUUUGUAUUGCUUCACCUCUAUAUUUACUCUUCUGUGUGUUUUAAUAAAAGGCUUUUAUAUGGCAGAUCUGCAAUCUCAUUGUGUUUUCUCAAUAUAUGUGCGACAUGAAACCUAUAGGCCUGAGAUUAUCUUAUGUUAUUAUUUGUUAAAUACACAAAGUCGCCCAAAGGGAAAAAAACAGUGUGAAAUGGAUUUGGGUUGAAGUGAAAUGUAAUAGUCAAUUUCAGAAUGAAAUUAAGAAAGAAUUUUUUUUUUUAGUCUUAAAAGGGAUACAUUUACUUCCAGUGGUAUAGUAGCAUGUGUUUAACUUGUAUUCAUAUGCUUAUAGUUAAGGUUGCACCGAUAACGUAUCGGUAUCGGCACCGAUACUGGCACGUACACAUAGUAUUGGUAUCGGCAAUGGGUAUCGACCCAUUUAGUACUAUCAGCACUGCACUGGCUUCCAGUCAAAUUCCGCAUAGACUAUAAAAUUCUCCUGUUAACGUAUAAAGCCCUACAUGGGCUCGCUCCUGAGUAUUUACAAGACCUCAUCUCCUGUUAUGAACCACCGCGAUUACUUAGAUCUCAGGGUGCUGGUUUAUUAGUAGUUCCUAAAAUUCAGAGGAGCUCUGCAGGAGGAAGAGCUUUCUCUUAUAAAGCGCCUCAACUCUGGAAUAAUCUCCCCGAAUAUGUUCGGGACUCAGACACAGUCUCAAUCUUUAAGUCUAGACUGAAAACUUACUUGUUUAGUUUAGCUUUUGGUAAUUAAUGUUUUUCCCUUUAGAUAAGGCUGCAGAUUCAGGGGUUCAUGGACAGAGGAAAUUGUGGUAAACUGAGAUGCUGGUGCUGUUGUUCUCCCACUGCACACGGUCACUCAGGUUUGUGGACGGUGGAGUGGGUGGAGGCCAGUGUUUCAGGGAGCCUUCAUGUCUAUGUUACCUUCUGGCGCUCUGCCUUUUGUUAGGCUGUUUUAUUUAGAUCUGCCGGAGUCAUUAGCCACACUCUGAUAAUCUUUUAUAUUCUCUGUUUUACAUAAAUCCAGUCAAAACUAAUUCCAUCUCUCUGCCUUCCUCUGAGUUACUGACUGCCCACCUGUCUGACCCGAUACCGAGGGAUGUUGGACCCUCAGGCUCUCAUGUCGUCUGUCUGGCCAGACUGGAAGUUUCUGAAGUCAGCUCUUCUCCAUCACCCACCACAGAUCAGCUGCUCAUCAUCCAUCUUACUCUAUAAGCCAUUAGUGGAGCUGCUAUACACCUGAAUAUAUAAAACCUAUGUGGAUGUAUGAAAGACUUUUUAAAAUUAAUUUAAAAGCCAUUUGACCAGUGGUAGGAUGGUCCCCCCCUUUAAUGUGAGUCUUGGUCCUCCCAAGGUUUCUUCCUCCUCCUCCAGCUCUGAGGGAGUUUUUCCUUGCCUCCGCGCUCACUGGGGGUUCUGUAUUCUGUAUAUUCUAUGUUUAAUCUUUUGCCUGACUCUUUGUCCUGUAAUCAUUGUAGGUACCCUAGCCAGCCUGUAGGUGGCAGCACCACCAGUAAUGCCCAAUGCAAGAAAACACCAGAAGAAGAAAUAGGGGUGUGGCUUCACAUGUAACAAAAGCUCCCCUGAGGCAGGAACAAAGCCUCUUUGAGUUUGCCCACAGACAGGUAAACAUCUGAACAAAGAGACCAGAACAUCAAGACCAAGGCCUCUCCUUUGUUCUACCAAGAGAACAAAGAGAACAUCUUUAGGCCUACAUCUUCAAGAUUACAACUUUAGCCAAACUUUAGCCAAACGUUUACACACGGCUAUUUCUUCAAGACAAGCUUGCACGAGAUACAUAGCUCGGAAAAGAAAAGAAAAGCGACCAGAUCCUUCUCUUAACUGUGUACAAAUUUCCUGGAACCAAAGCCAGAAGGACGAAUCAUUCCCAGAAGAUUUACCUGGACGUCGUCAAAACCCUUUCUACAAGAAGGCUGAAAAUUCCCUCAAUCCAGUGAGGACGGAAAACAUGGAUAUAUCUAACAAAUCCAUUGCGUAAGACUGAACUUUAAAACAUCUGGGCAUAGUUUAGAUAAAGAACAUUUUAUCUUUAACUUGUAUUGUAUUUUACAUUUUACAUAAGUGUAAUUUUAUUUAUGAAACUGUUUAGAUUCUAAACUAAAUUCUGUGAGCAAACCAACCUACUUUUCUCUGCAUGCAAAUCUCUUUCUCUUUCUAACACUGAAAUACAGCUACUGUAUUUCUCCCUUCUAAAAACUAGAAUCUAGCAAUAGCUUUAAAACUGUCUCUUUAAAUAGUCAGCUUCAGUUCUUUGUUCUGGCUCAACAGAGACCUUAACAAAGAACAGCUGAAUUCAGUUACAGUGGAGCCACGCUCCACGUUUAAACUCAGCGCCAUUUAUCCUUUGUCCGCGCGCACGCGCACACACGCACGCUCCUCUCGCGCACCCGCGAGAACACAUGCGCACACUCGCAUACGCGAAAACCCCCUUUCCGUCUCUAUCGCGCGCACACACGCGCACGCACUCACCCGCUCUCUCUCUCUCUCCCUCAUACACACACCCUUAGCUAAAUAACCAUUUAGCUCUCAUAUUGUAAAUAUACUGACUGCUGUUUGUAAUAUUUGUGUUUAGAUUAGUUUGUGUGUUAAUAAAUGUCCAUUUAUUUUCA